UAACUAUAAGGCUUAUUAUUCCCAAUAAAUGAUUGACCAUUACCUCAUUAAUGUCUGCGAUGUUUUGCAGACGGUUGUGAAAAAAAAAUUACUGUCGCUGCAUCCUGACAGAAAAUUCGCAGUGGGGAAUCUCACUACCCAAAAAGAGCCAACCAGCUAAAAGCCUCUACCAGUAAAAGCUUGUAGGUUUAGAAGCACGACAUCGCGAAAUGUCGAGGUAUAUAUAUGAAGAUGUCCAGACACAUGGAGACACGGAGACAAAUAAGACACAGACCAUAUUAAGAUGUCCGUUUAAGGGAUGUAAUACGCGAUUGAUCAAACUAUCCAAUGGAAAUCCGCAAGUCAAAUUAUCAUCUGAAUCAUCAUCAUCCAAUGUCAAAAUGAUUAUAUUGCAAGAAAUAGAUAGGGAUCCAGUUGAUGCUAAAUUUUCUUCAGAAUUUUAUCAAGUUAAUGAUGUUUGGGAUUUUGAUAAUGUAGGAGUAUCCAGGCCGUCUGAUGAAUUACAACGUGAAUUAAUUCAUAUUAAUGAUGAUCCAUCGAUUCAAUUUAAAAUUGAACGUGUAUUGAUUUGUAGUGAAUGUGAUAAGGGUCCUAUUGGAUUAGCAGGAUUUGAAGCAAAUGAUCCUAAUAAAGAUGUCAAGAACUUGAAGUACUUUUUAAGUUGUAGAAGUGUUUUACACGAAGUCAAAGAUAUAUGAAAUGUAUAUAAUUUGUAUAUUUAUACACAACAAAAUAACAUAAUAUAUAACAAAAACU